UAAUGAUCAGUACGUGUGUUUUCCAUGGCCACCCACAUUCGUUCUAAACUUCAUUAAUUACUACUAAUGGAAAGAAUCGUGGGCGCUUUGCCUUUAUCAGCAAAAUAUCUUGAGAUUAAGAGUUCCUAAUUAUCAUGUAUGUGCAGUGUUAUUUACUUCUGAAGAAGGGGGCUUUGAUACAAAGUGAGUAUGCAGCAUCAACUACUAAUGCCAGAUAUGGAAGAUCCGAGGCCGAAAACGUUCCGAGAAAAGCUCGAGGCUUACAAGGCCAUGGCUUUGAAUACAUUCAACACCAAACCUAUCUCGCAUUGGAUUCUCUUAGCUCUAAGCAGUGGAGCAAUGCUCGUGGCGUUCCCUGCCUCAUCUCUGCUAUCGCGUGUUUAUUACUCUGAUGGCGGGGAGAGCAAGUGGAUAAUCUCUUGGGUGGCUGUUGCCGGAUGGCCUAUCCCUGCAUUGGUCUUGGUUCCUACUUAUUUCGUUUUGGGAGUGUCUCCGACUCCUCUGAACCUGAAGCUCGUCGUGUCCUACAUUGUUCUGGGCUUCCUAAGUGCGGCUGACAACCUCAUGUACGCGUAUGGAUAUGCUUACUUACCCGCAUCAACUGCUUCUCUGUUGGGAUCAACGUCCUUGAUCUUCUCAACACUCUUCGGAUGCCUCUUGGUGAAGAACAAGAUCAAUGCUUCCAUCAUAAAUGCGAUUGUGAUCAUCACGGCUGCAAUGGUGAUUAUAGCCCUGGAUUCAGAUUCUGAUAGGUAUGGGAAUGUGACAGACAGACAGUACGCGAUGGGAUUUAUCUGGAACGUGCUGGGGUCCAUGCUGCACGGACUCAUAUUUGCUCUUUCGGAGCUGGUCUUUGUGAGGCUGCUCGGGAGGAGGUCCUUCCACGUCGUGCUGGAGCAGCAAGUGAUGGUUUCUUUGCUGGGAUUUGUGUUCACGACAAUGGGGCUCGUGAUCAACAACGACUUCCAGAAUAUGGCGUCUGAGGCAAAAAGUUUUAAAGGCGGUAGGAGUGCAUAUCUGUCUGUCCUCAUCUGGGGUGUGGUUACAUUCCAGCUAGGGAUUCUUGGAGCCACGGCCGCGCUGUUUCUGGCAUCGACCGUGCUGGCUGGUGUGCUCAACUCGAUACGAGUGCCCCUUACGAGCAUCGCAGCCGUUGUGAUACUCCAUGAUCCAAUGAGUGGUUUCAAGAUCCUAUCUCUCAUUGUCACCUUCUGGGGAUUUGCUUCUUACAUAUAUGGGAAUUGCACUCCAGAUAAAGACUCAUCAUUAUCUUAAUAUAUCUUGUAGUAUGAGCUACAAGUUUAGUCUUUUUUAUUUCGUUUAUAUCAAAUGUGAGAUAAGCUGGUCGUUGAUGAUUAAAUAUAUGAAUCAUAAUCUGUUUA